AUGGGACAUUUACCUGAUGAACUUCUACUAACCCUUUUCCAAUAUCUACAUAGAUUUGAUCUACUUUACUCUUUUGGAAACUUAAACCAACGUUUUCAGCGUAUUCUUGAACCUUAUUUGUAUGAAGUUGAUCUUACACGAGAAAGUCUUUCGUACCAACAUUUCGUUUUAUUUUAUAAAUACGUCGUUCCUUAUCAAGGACAUUAUGUCCGCGAUCUUCAGAUUAGUGGUGAUCAUCAGUUUUAUUUAUUCCAACCUCUCAUUCACCUUUUCACCAAUCUCGAAUCAUUAACACUGAAAUCAAUCGUCUUCUUUGGUUCUCACCAGUAUGCUGUACAAGGAGAACUUGUUACUCAAGCGUUACGAAUCUCUUCUCUAUCAACCCUAACACUCUCUCGUCUUGAUGUACCGGAAACGAUCGCGUCCUUAGCAUCACCAAACUUGACAUCGUUGAUCCUCCUGGAUGAAUCUGAUUUCGAUUACCCUUACAUUCGAGAGCGGAUAUCUACAAUCAAGUACUUCUCUCUGAAUGUUCGCAAAUUUCAGUCCACGACAUUUUCAUCUAUUUUCAAACUACUACCAAAUCUUGAAGAACUUCGAUUGUCGAUAUCGAACUGUUAUAAUCCAAGUAAUCUGCAGCGACGUUACUUACGAAUACCGAAAACAUUAACAAAGCUACUCUUAGAAUUUAAACAUGAAAAGCCGAUAAGUGAAGAGGCGUUGAAAGAAGAAUUUCUUGAUGUAUUCGGAAAUCAAAUUCAAUCGUUAACUCUAAUUGUAAACAAUGCUGCUCUCCAAAUCUCGCAUCUAUUGAGUGAUUUCACUUCUCUCACUACUUUUCACUGCGAUGUGGCCUUGACCUCUUCAGCAACUUUCGACAUAAAUUUGGAUAAUGUCAUUUCUCACGAAUCUUCCUACUCCCUCAACAACCGCAUGACUAUCAAAGUACUAAAUCUAACUCUCCAUAACCAAACUAUACUCGCAUCUGACGAGCGCAAGUUCUUAACAGAACUUCUCAAUUCACUGCCAAAUCUAGUCACAUUGUCUGUCUCCACUAAUGAUACAAAGGCUAUAAUUCGACAAUUCAACUCACUCUUCUCAAAAAGAUCUUCAAGAAAAAUCCGACAUUUUCACAUCGAAGAUCUUCGACGAUACAAUCUGAAAGAUCACCGUCCACGGUAUCCACCAAUAUACCAUCGCACACUCUUCUACGAACUAGCACAAAUCUUUCCGAAUCUCAAUACUGUUACAUUCCCGUGUCAUACAAAUUUCCUCGACGAAUAUCGAACAUCAUUAAAUGUAUUUCUAAAACAACUACAAAAUCGUCUUCCAAAAUUGACACAUUUCACACUAAAAAUAAUGUAUCGGAGUGGCGACACAUACGACAAUUACAUAAAAAAUUUCGACGAAUGCCCUUGGUUGCACUACACUACAAAACGUUGUCUGUAUCCGGAUUAUAAUGGUAGUUGGUACGAAGCGCAUGAUAUUCAAAUUUGGUUGUAA